GCGGGGCGAGGGCAGCGAGGGCUCGACUCUUAUCCCCCCCCUCGGCCCCCCCGCCCGCUCCGCCCGACACCCCAGCCGCUCUCCGCGCGGCUGCUCCGGCGGCUUUUCAUCUCCGGGGGUAGGAGGGAGAUGCCUUUGCCGUGGUUUUUCCAUCCCCAGCCCUCUCCGAGCCGGGGGGGGCGGUGAUGUGGAGCCGGGAAUGUAGAGGAAAACCCUCCCCGGGAAGGAGCGACCAAAACAAAUCCCUCGCCGUGGCUUUGGCGGCCGCGCAGUGCCCGGGGAAGCCCGAGCAGCCCCUGCCAGCGCCGGGGAAUCCCUCCUGCAGCCCCCGGCGGCGCCCCGGGCGCCCGCGGAGCAAGCUUCAGGAAUGGAGCUGUCUGUGUGAAGAGGAUUCUGCCCAAAUAUUCGUAGUCGUCUCCAAGCUCGUUUUCCUACAGACUCUGGUGUUACGACUUCAUCUCUUUCAGAAUGGCUGAGAAAGCUCCACCAGGGAUCACCAAAAAGUCUUCAAGGUCCACCCUUUCCCUCCCUCCGGAACCAGUGGAGAUCAUCAGGAGCAAAGCCUGCUCGCGGAGAGUUAAAAUAAAUGUCGGUGGACUCAACCAUGAAGUGCUGUGGAGGACUUUGGACAGACUUCCAAGGACACGAUUAGGAAAGCUCAGAGACUGCAAUACCCACGAAUCUCUGCUAGAAGUAUGUGAUGACUAUAAUCUGAAUGAAAAUGAGUAUUUUUUUGAUCGACACCCAGGGGCUUUCACUUCCAUUUUGAAUUUCUACAGGACAGGGAAACUACAUAUGAUGGAAGAAAUGUGUGCUCUCUCUUUUGGACAGGAGCUUGAUUACUGGGGGAUUGAUGAAAUAUAUUUAGAAUCUUGCUGCCAGGCAAGAUACCAUCAAAAGAAGGAGCAAAUGAAUGAGGAACUGAGGCGAGAGGCAGAGACAUUGCGAGAGAGAGAAGGAGAAGAGUUUGAUAAUACCUGCUGCCCAGAGAAAAGGAAGAAGCUUUGGGACUUGCUGGAGAAACCAAACUCAUCUGUUGCAGCAAAGAUUUUGGCCAUUGUGUCCAUUCUGUUCAUCGUCCUGUCCACUAUUGCUUUGUCUCUUAACACACUGCCAGAACUUCAAGAAAUAGAUGAAUUUGGGCAGCCAAAUGACAACCCUCAGCUAGCACACGUUGAAGCUGUGUGUAUUGCUUGGUUUACCAUGGAGUAUCUUUUGCGUUUUCUGUCCUCACCAAAUAAGUGGAAGUUCUUCAAAGGCCCAUUAAAUGUCAUUGACUUACUGGCUAUCUUGCCGUACUAUGUCACCAUUUUUCUCACAGAGUCCAACAAAAGUGUCCUGCAGUUCCAAAAUGUCAGACGUGUGGUUCAGAUAUUUCGAAUUAUGAGGAUCCUAAGGAUUCUUAAGCUCGCCAGACAUUCAACAGGCCUUCAGUCUUUAGGCUUUACACUCAGGCGGAGUUACAAUGAAUUGGGCUUGUUGAUAUUAUUUUUAGCCAUGGGCAUAAUGAUAUUUUCAAGUCUUGUAUUCUUUGCUGAAAAGGACGAGGAUGCUACAAAAUUUACAAGUAUUCCUGCAUCAUUCUGGUGGGCAACAAUCACUAUGACUACUGUAGGAUAUGGUGACAUUUAUCCUAAGACCUUAUUAGGUAAAAUAGUUGGAGGACUUUGCUGUAUUGCUGGAGUGCUGGUCAUAGCCUUGCCCAUACCAAUUAUUGUGAACAAUUUCUCAGAGUUUUAUAAGGAGCAGAAAAGACAGGAGAAGGCAAUUAAGAGGAGAGAAGCACUUGAGCGAGCUAAAAGAAAUGGCAGUAUUGUCUCCAUGAAUCUGAAAGAUGCCUUUGCUCGCAGUAUGGAAAUGAUAGAUGUAGCAGUAGAUUCAGGAAAGCUUGGAGAACCACUCAGUCCAAAGGAGACACCUGAUGACAGCCACCUGUCCCCAAGCCGGUGGAAAUGGGCCAGAAGGACAAUGUCUGAAACAAGCUCAAACAAAUCUUACGAAAACAAGUACCAAGAAGUUAGUCAACAAGACUCCCAUGAGCAAUUGAACAACGCUGCAGCAUCCUCCAGCCCACAGCACCUCAGUGCCCAAAAACUGGAGAUGCUGUAUAAUGAAAUUACUAAAACUCAGUCUCAGCCUAAUCUCAAUGCUGGUUACCAAGACCAGUCAGCAAAGCCACCCAGGUACGAGGAAGAAAUAGAAAUGGAAGAAGUCAUAGGUCAGAGAGAUCCAUUGCCAACUGGGCCUGCGGACGUUGUCAUGGACAUGAGAAGCACAUCCAGUAUCGACAGCUUUGCCAGUUGUGCAACUGACUUCACAGAAACAGAGAGGUCUCCCCUCUCUCUGUUUCCUGGCUCUCACUUGCAAAUGAGAUUUCCAACAGAUGCCGUUAACCUGGAAGAAAACCAAAGAGCAAGAAGUUCUCAGUUCAUACCAUUUGCAAAAGACAGAGGAUUUUCUCCAACCGAUGUCACCUUUGACUAUAAUCCAAUCAACAGAGCUGUUAUCAGUGAUGGCAGUGGGUCCCAAACUGUUUCACAUGGUCAUUUUCAUUUUGACACUGCCAUGGAAAGCCCCAAAAGCUCCCUGAAAGGUAGCAACCCAUUAAAAUCUAGAUCCCUUAAAGUUAAUUUUAAAGACAAUAGAGGUGGUGCUCCACAAACUCCACCAAGCACUGCAAGGCCACUGCCAGUGACAGCAGCAGCAGACUUCACACAGGCCACCCCUCAGCACAUCAGCACCAUUCUCCUAGAAGAAAAUUCCCCCCAAGGUGAACGGCCUCUACUUGGUGCUGAUGCAUCUGCACUUUGUCAGGGACCUGCUAAAAAAUCAUCCCCACUCUUUCCCAAACAAAAAAUUUUCACUUUCCCUUCAAAAGAGGGGAGGAGCUUCACUGAAAUAGACACUGGAGAAGAAGAAGAGUUUAUGGAGUUACAUGGUGUGAAACAUGAGAAAAAACAGGAUAUCAAGACAAAUUGCUGUGGGGAUAAACACAGUGAUGGCAACAAUUUAACAGGGGAGCCACAGGUCAGCUCUUCACCCAAAAGCAUGAGCCACAACUGUACUCAAGACAUUUACCGUGCUGUGGGUGAGGUAAAGCCAGACAAUAACCAAGAAGGUCACAAAAUGGAAAAUCAUUUAUUUGCUCCAGAAAUUCAUUCAAGUCCAGGAGAAACUGGUUAUUGUCCUACACGUGAAACUAGCAUGUGACUAGUUACAGAAGCAAUAAAAACAUCUUUUCUUAAAACAGUUAGUAAUGCCUAUGAACUAAAACAUGGAAAGCCUCCACAAAAGUGCAUAAAAUGUUAUUUUUGCAUGGCAUGAAGAGUUGUUUAGUUUAAAUACUGUUUAAUUAAAAAAAAGACUGCUUUUGUAACAAACUGAAAAAAACAGGGAAAAAAUUACUCAAGAAUGGUGAAUACAAUAAAGAGAGCUUUAUUAGGAGCCAGUGGUCUGCAACAUCUGACAUUUUUGAUCCUUUCACUUAUGAUUGUAGACAGGUUUUGAACUCUGUUAACUUUUUUUUUUCCUUGGUUACAAUGAAUUUUAGAAUUUGCACAUGAAAGGAUGAAAUGUCAAUGCAUGCAUUCAUAAGGAUGUGAAACAAGGUGCUUUGAGCUUGCAAAAUGCAUAUACUUGUAAAUAGUUUGGGGUUGGGGGGAAAGCUACUGUUAACAAGGAUUUAUGGAAAAAGCAUUUCCUGGGACACAGGUACUUCCUUCACAGCGUGCUGCCUGGAGGUUUUGUACAGACUUAUGUUGCAAAAUUGCAACUUCUACUUAAAGCAUCUUACGUCUCUUGCUUUCUGUUAAAAAGCUCAUGAGUAUAUCUGUUAAUUAAGGACUACAGUAUUUUAGUUUACCUGUGCUAUAAAUCAUGAUGUUUUUGGUUUUUUUACUUGCAGAACUUCAGUUAUUGCAUUUGUCAGUUUAAUUAAUGACCCUGUGAGGAAAAGUAAAGAUUUAAUGACCAGAACAUGAAGCAUUUGAUAUUUUUAUAGAAAACUGCCAACAUUUCAUAACUGAGGAAAAAAAAAAUCCAUUUUAAAAUUUAAAAAUCAUAGUUAUUUCUGCGGCAAUAAAUAGUGCCAAAUGGCUAUUCAGAUACAACCAAAAGUUUUUCAGCCUCAUAGAAUAUACCUUGGUAUUAAAAAAAAUAUUUCCCACACUCUUAUUUUUCCUUUGAUUUAACACUAUUUGCUUCUACAUGAUCUUUGAUCUCUUAACUUUUGUUCUCCACACAGUGCUCAUACUUCACUAAUGGCAAUGUUGUUGAAGCUGCUAUGGUGUAAGGACAUAUGAGAUGGGGCAAAGUGGUACCUUUUGUUAUCACAAAUCAUAUAGCUGGAGAAAAAGACUUCAAAUAUAUGUGAUUUGCCUCAGGUCUUCCAUGCUCCAAAGCUUAUUUGUGUUUUUCUUUUCAAUCAUUUGGACUGACAGAAGAUAUCACUUGACUCACCAACUUUGCCUCAACCCAUCCUUCCAUAGCUGUUCUGAAAUGAAGUGCAGGAUUUCCACUAUACUUAAAUAAAGGAAAAAGUCAAUCAUUUCACUGACAACUGCCAAAGCAUUUUUCAUUUCUCUGAUUUCUCCAGCUUUCCAGUAAAAGAAAGAUGCUGAACCAAAGCCUUCAUUACAAAGUACUCAUCUAACUGCUGUCUCAAAAAAGCUAUUUUUUAUUUUAUCCAGAAUCCAUAAAUUCCUGCGCUACAAACUGUUUUUUAAAAAAGCUUGUAGAUUGCUUUAAUGCCCUAAGUCAUAAAAAGUUUAUUCAAUUCAUGAAUUUUAAUCAUUAUCAAAUGUAUGUAGUUACACAGACAUGUCCUAAAAUAUGUUCCUCCUUUUUUUUUUAUUUUUUGUUUUUUUGUAAGGAAGAUUUAAAAGUACUUUAGACCAAUCAAUGCACAGUUUGGAACAGCAGGCUUCUACUUACCAUAGUGGAGCUACGUUAAUUUUUACUUGUAUGUUUUUCUGUCACUUGAAUAUGUAACAACCAGGCACCUAAUGCAUUUAGUGUAAAGGAACAAGCAUUUUAUUGUUACAACGUUGCCCUUUGCUUGAAAUGGCUGGGCUGAUUCCACAGAUCUCACUCAAACCUGGCACAUAGAAAAGAGGCAAGUUUGAAGACCCCCAAAAUAUUUAUCCUGGUAGCUGGGCCAAACAAUGAGCACAGCACAAUCAUUUAGGUGGGUUUUUUUUAAAAAAGUUUUCUUCUAUAUUUCCAUCAGUUUUCUUAUUUCUGUAACAAGAUAAAAUUGAGUUGUCUCUUCAGUCGUUUGAGUAAUUAAGAAUAUGUCUUUUUUUUUUUCAAACAAUGUCUGGUCAUUAAUUCUCAAAAUAAAAAUGAUUAUUUUUUGUCUUUAAUUGGAGUUGAUUUCAACUUGUUGCUGCAUUCAGUUUUAUGUAUUUAUAUUGUAUUCUCCGUAACACUUUUCAAUCAUGUUAUGUCUCACUGUCCCAAACUUAGCUCUUUAAUAUUUUAUAGUCAUUAAUCUUCUACAUUUAUUUUUUAGUUUCUAGAUAUUUUUGGUGACUAAAACUAAAUGCCAGUCAAUUUUUAUAUGCCUGAAGUGUUGGUUUGUAUUUUCUAUGUGCAGUUUUAUGAAAUCACAUGGGCCUGUUUGAUCUGCCUUUACAUCCUAGUGAACUGUUGAAGUCCAAAUUAAGACUAAAUGGGACCUGAUCCCAUGCUCUGGAUCCACAGAAAAUUCCCAUUCAAGACAAUGACGCUGUUCUGGCAAGACUGAGGUCUGUGUCAUGUUCCUUCUGUGUGCUUUUUCUCCCAGGUGACCCUUACACUUUGGAAAAGCCCCUUAGACCUACGUCACUUGGAAAUGGCAAGAGCAGGAGUCCAGCCAUAGGAAACGUAUUGCAGGAACAGAGAUUUCAUUCCUUAAGGUCUCCCGAGCUAAACUUCAUAUAAACCUGAUCUGGCCUAUUAAAAUCACUAAAAGUUUAAAAGGAGUAAAGUCAAGGCCUCAAUCCUUGUGCAGAUGAAUUUCCCCCUGAAACCAAUGGGAGUCUGGUGGAAAAAGGGACUGACUGAAAUAUGAAUGAGAGGAAUGAUAGUCUCUCCCUCUUGAUGAAAACCAACAGGAGCUUUAACUAUAUAAAUCAGAUGAAAGACCAGGCCCUUAUUUGCUGCUGUAUUUUAAAUGUUUUCAGAGAAGCACAUUUAUUUUGAAAGCAAAAGAAAUGCAAUUCACUUUAUUAACAGAUGCUUUAUUUUUUUUAAAUACUGGAAGCAAAAUGAUUAAGCUUUAGAAGUGCUAUUGGUAUAAUUUUGUUAUCUACUUUUGACUAUGCUGAAAACUAUUUCCAGAAGCACAGGUUUAGACAUGUGGUUUUUCCAGUCUUGACUGCAUGCACAGGAUCCACCUCUGAAUACCUGACUUGUAUAAUUCCUGAUUAAAACAUCGACUUGAGCAGUUGCAGGACUGGAUCUAGCUUUCUAUCCAGUACAGCAGGUGUAAGUGCAGGCUGGGAUCACUCCAUUCAUCAUGAAUUGAUAUGCAGCAAAUUAUGUAAAAUUACACAAGUAUAUUUUUCUGGUUUUUCUAAAACUUUGAAGCCAUUUCAGACUUACUACCCAUUCACCACAGUAAGGGGAGAAUGUGUCUGAGUUCUGGAGUCAGUCUCUAAUGCCAGCUGUGCAAUUUCAAAACAACUUAAGGAGUCUCAGAAAGAAGUGACUCCUUUGUGCAUCUGAAAGGGGUCUGACUCCUUGCAUCACUGGAAAAUGAAGAAUGUUCAGGGAGAUAGCUUUGCAAUUGAUCUAUUUUUUAUAUUUUUUACUAACUGCAGAAUCCUGAAUCAAAGUUUUAAUUCCUUUUUCAAUGAUGAAACCAAAUGCACAUAUUUAAAAUAUGUUCUAAUGAGUAAUUAGAAGAGUUUUUGAGUAAUAAUCACAUUAAUCCAAAUCUGGGUGGUGGGUGGGGGGGGAAUAAUGUAUCGCACAAACUGCAAAGGAAGUUCCUACAGGAAAGCUGUUUACAGGGGAAGUAUGUAAUGUAAAGAAUGUAACACGGUGUAGGAAGUUUUUGCACUACCGAAUUUAUAUAAAAUACACUUUUUUAAAAUGAAAACACAAAAGGCCUUUUAAUGCUACAUUGUAUAGAAUAUAGAAGCCUCUGUGCUAAUGCAGCAGUCUAAUGCACUGUGUCCUCAACUUCACAAUUGGUCUCAAAAUUCAAACAUUAGUGUUGUUAGAGAGGUGAUAUCUGAUCUAACACUAGAGCAAUGGACAUGAAGAGCCUUUUAGCACACUAUUAUGUAACUCAGAAUGUGUAUAGACAGUUGUAUAUUUGCCUAUAACAUUCAUAAAUCAAAAUAACAAUUGGCUUCAUGAGUCACUUCCUAACAGGUAAUACUGGGCAAUGUAUUUGUAUUUCUUGAAAAACAAUGAGUUCUUUUAAAAGUAGACCCCUUCCCCUACAUGUUGUCUGAGCUUCUGUCUCCUUCAAGAUUUACCUUCAAGUUAUUUAAAUAAGUGCUUCAAUCUCAUCUCUAAACCGCAGUCCAGUAAAAAAGCCAGUUUUAAUUCUUGAGUCUCUACUGCAUACAGUCAGAUUGGUAAGAAUGUCCAGAGUUUAACUGAUUGGCUUUUUGAUUCAAAUAACUUUUGAAUCACUUGGAUAGAAAAUAUAUAUUUUGAUCAGGCAAACAUAUAUUAGAAGUAAAAUAAUGCAACAAAUAUGCCUUUGUUUUCCUAAGUAUCCAGCACAGAUCAAGCAAGAAAUGCAAAUACAACAAAGGGGGAAAGAAGGGCAGAAAACUGUAAGUAAACAAGGCACAUUUUAGUGUACUAUAUAAAAAGAGACAAAAUAUAAAGGAAUCCUUGUUCACACUAAAUGAAGUAAAAAUGCCGGUAACAAAAGAUUUAAUUCCACUCCUUCUCCAUCAUAAUUUUUAACCUAGAACCAACAGGUUCAGCAAUGCUAUUUUCCAGUCACCUGUCACAUGAAUAUCUGACCUGUAAUCAUUUUUCAGAAAACUUUGCUGAAAAAUAAGGUAUCACAUGUUGGUGUCUCUGUUGAUCUUUGGAUCUCUUGCCCUUUCCCUCCCAAUAUCAACCUUCUCUUCUUCUAGGGAGUGGUCAGAAAGCAACCCACCCAACAAGAUGAUAGGUGCGUCUUGCUUGUCAGGAAAGUGUUUUGGUAGUGUGGUAGAUGCUGCAUUUGAACCAAGGAACAAGAACUGAGUGUCACUUCUCCCUGUUUUCUAGUUGUAAAGUGCUCUGAAUUCUCCAGUGUACCCACUGGAGGAUCACCCCUCAUGCAAGAGCUUUCAGUGUUCUUGCAAUAACUUUUUUAAAAGCAGUUGACUGGUAAAUGCUAUUAAGAGAGCCAUUGGUCUAAGUGUGAAUACUUGUCUUUUGUCCAGACUGGUUUUAUUAGUGGCACUCAGCUUUAAUUCCAGCUGAAAUACUUUCUAAAACAAAUCAGGUGUUCUGGGAGCCAAACCCUUUGCAGGUCCUCUUUCAAUUUCCUUAGGUAACUGGCAGGCAAAAAUGAAAGAAAAAAUUUGUUUGCAUUGUGUGAUGGUUUCUUGUUCAGUGAUCAUACACCAUGGGACAUCUGCAGGGGGGUAGUAUACUUGUUUUUGUAUUUAUUUUGUUCCAGGUUUAAACAGUAUUUUUUUGAAUGCUGAAUUAUGAUAUUUAGGAAGAAUUAGUAAAAUUUAGUAAAAUUGAGAUUUCCACCAAAACAGCAGUGGUAAUCCUAUAUUAUUAUUGAUUGAUACUUAGUUUUCUUUUUGACAAAUAAUGCAUAUCCUGAUGAAUACCACUUUGGAACAAGGAAGCAGCACACAAAUAUUACUGUUCUUUUUACUUAAAAGUAACUAAAAAACAUAGUAUUAGCUAACAUUUAAUACAAAAAUAUUAUUAUAAGACUAUUAGUUGAUUAUACUUAUCAACUAAACAGAAUGGUGACCUGUCAUUACCUGAGACAUUGACUAUAGUCCUGUGAUUAACAUAAACCAUGCAUCUAAGAGCAGUCUGUGUAAUUAAUUUCAUUAGGGUAAUUUUUAACUCAAAUAACUAUUUAAAUACAUAUUUAGCAUCAACAGGAAUAAUGUAUGUUUCUAAAUCUGGAAGUCUCUGGCUAUGUUUACACUGGCAUCUUAGAGAAAAUCAGGAGAGUUCUCUUGACAUGAAUCCCUCAGCUACCCCUGCUUCUCAUGCUUUGCUUCACACAACCAAGCAAUCCUGCACCAUGCAAAUUGCUGCUACUUUUAGGUGAGGCUGUACCAGAAAACUUCUUCCAUGCACCAGCUAUGCUGCAGGCAGGACAAAGCAUUCAGGCCCUGAUACCAGAUGAGAAUGAGUCCAAAAAUUGUACCUGGAUAGUGUAAACUGUCAGCACAAACUGUUUUCCUCAACAAAUCUGCUUGUAUUGUACAACUUGCUAAUGUAUACAUAGAUCUCUACCAUGGUUACUGUCUUCAGCCCAUGUAGCUCUUGGCUAAAUCACUUACUCAAGCAAAUUUUGCCGUUUCCAUCAGUGGUAUUGCAUAAAAAAAACAAUACAUAGCCAAAGAUUAAAUUGUUCCCAGUGUGUUCCCCAAGUCAACCCACAUAAAAUCAUUUAAACAACAAAUUCCUGAUACCCUUUGGAUAGUAGUGUUUUGUAGUUUGGACCAAACUCUGUAUACUGGAUAUUUCUUCAGUCAAUUUACUCUAAAGUUGGUGUUACACUUGAUGAAGACAGUACAGACAGCACUAGACUUACUCCAGAAUCAGUGGAAUGAUUAAACUGAUUGCAAGUAGCUUUAUUUCACUUAACAGUAACCCUUACUUUAUACCACUAUGAAUAAAAGCAAAUUGUUGUGCAUUGAUGGAGGAUCAGAAGCCCAGGUUGAGUAUUUUGUGCCUAUUUUCCAUGUCUAGAUAUCUUCCUACUUGAAUCAACAGCUAAAUUUAUUUAAAUUGAGAAACUAGUAAGGUUUUGGUUGUGUGCUUUGUUGCUCUGAUGUCUGGGGCAUACCUUGUACAGUAAUGCAAGGAACAAAAAGCCAGUUCCUUAACUUACUUCUUUUAACCAUUUCAAGGUGGAGGACGUAAGUCUUGUAGUGAUAUUUUUGCUCUAAGUUUUGCUCAGAUAGCAUCUCUCUGUGAAGGUUCAGAAUACAAAACAUUUAUGCCUGUUCUUGAAGUCCUUAAGCAGAACACCAGUGGGAAUUCUGCCUGUACAAAACUGAAGGAUGGAGCAAUAUAUUAUAGUGUUAGGCAAAAGGAACACUACGAACACAUUAAACAAAAAAACAACCUACUGUUGGGGACAAUCAUGGGUACUUCUACUAGGAUGUAGAGUUCUGGAUUUAUAUGUCUAUAUUAUCAGAGUUCUGCAGAGUUUCACCUGUACAACUCUUUCAAAAAUCAAAGGAGCCAUGCUGAUAAGCUGAAACAUGGAGGGAUUAGUGUACAAAGAAGCUGAUCAUUGAAUACAUAGCCUAUUGCUUUAAGAUCACUGUAAAUAUCAAAUUAAAUAUGUACUUAUUCAUGUUUAUAUGUUAUUACUGUGUUAGUUUCACAGAUACAGUAGCAUGACUAUUACUAGUUUUAUGGAGUUUAAUGAACUUUACUUUGUAUUCCUCUGUGAAUGCUCUGAAUGCUGCAAACAAAAAAAGCACAACAGUAUUUUUUCAAGUUCUCUUGGGGCAAUAGCAGUGUCUUCACUAUUGUUCAGUUUUACAGAUUUAGCAACAUUUCAUCAUACAUUACUCUACUAAUAAUGUAUCUUUCUUUAAAAGCACUGUCACUAGGAGAUAAAAGCAUAUGUGAUAAGUCUUGUCUAAUCUCAUUCAUCUGCCUUUACAAAAUGCCCCAGACAUUUUGUGGGAGAAUAUGCUGCUUUUGCUUCAUGCAUUGUUUGUAUUUGGGGGUGGGGCAGGGGAAUAAUAGGGCAUUUUGCAAUGGUAAUUGCAUCAACCAUGCUUUUUUUCAUUAUUAUUGUAUUUGUUAGAAACAUUUUGAUUUAGUUUCUUUCCGUAGAUAAAACUUUGACAAUAGCUUUAUUUUUUCAACUAAACAUUUGAUUUCAUUAGACUAAUAAUUUCUCACAUUUAGUGGUAUUCGUAUCAAUGUUUCCAUAUCAGCUGCAUUUUAACUUCAUAAAAAAGGAAAUGUGAUUAUUAUUUUUGUCAUACUAGAUUUUGCUGAUCAACUAAGUAUUUCUGCACCAAUCUACAUAUUAAUAUGCAUGUUGUAGUCUGUACAAUUGUUCAACAUCAAAAUACCUGUUUAAUUUAUGUCAAAUGUCUUUAAAAUAAAUGCAUUGUUCUCCAUUUCAGUCUGAUAGAAUAAGCAGGAUAGUAAAUAAAUGUGUAAAUGAA